AUGUCACCUUAUAUGCUUCCUUUCGACGAGCUGGACGGGACAGAACGUCCCAUACUUGCUUCUAUCGGGACCGUCCUGAUCGACUCUUUUGAAUCUCCUCCUCGUCCAACACAAGAAGUCACACCGGUCCCAACCCCACUUCCCACCCCGAACCCAACCGAGACCUUCCCAGACGUCCAAUCGAACUUUAACUCCAUCCCUACCCCCAGGAACACAUCUCCUCUAUCCCCAUCGCCCUCCACCAAAGGUUCCAUCAACCCAACGCUACUCACAAGUUUCCACCACGAUAUAACCGACCUUGACACAUACGACGUCAUCGGAGGAGGCGCACUGUACACUUUGAUAGGAGCACGUAUGUGGCUUUCACCAGAAAGGUUGAAAACUAUCAUUGAUCGAUCGACCCCAGAGGAGAAAGCGGGGGAUGUGCCGGAAGAUUCUGAAAGGAUAUUGGAGAGCUUUGGAGAUAUGUGGGUCUGGAAUGUGGGAAAAGGAAAGAGGAUGCCAAAAGCUAGGAUAAGAUACGAUGAUGAUGUGAGGGUCUAUCAGCAUAUCGUCAAAGCUCCCCAUCGCACUCUCUCAUCUCUACUUUCAACUCCAAUAUACGGCUCUACCUAUCUUCAUAUCGCACCCCCUUUCUCACCUGAAGAUGUAUGGCGAUUGCUGGAAGAACAGAACUUCCUGCGUUCUCAAGGAGAAAUAUGGGAACCCAGGAUCGUAUUCGAGCCCACACCGCCUAGCUGUCAUCCGGGUCAAAGAGAAUGGCUAGAAAGGAUUUUACCAGGUAUAGAGGUUCUAUCACCAAAUCACGAAGAACUUUUCUCUCUCUACGGUCUCCCAAAACCUUCUUACACCGACCCCCAUAUCCCCCUUACAGUCAAUAAGAUUGUCAACCAUCUUCUCAAUCUUGGUAUCGGUCCGAACUCCAGAGGGGCCAUAGUCGUUCGAUGCGGUCCAUUGGGGUCUUGUGUCGGUACCCGCGCCAAAGGCAUCAGAUGGUUUCCCGCUUUCUUCGGACCGGGAUUUACGGAGAGUAUUGGAAGUGAUCGAGUAAAUAAAUCAAGGGUUGUUCAAGAUGGUGAUGUAGGACAGGUGGUGGAUGUAACAGGAGCAGGGAACGCUUUCUUGGGAGGUUAUGUGGCUGGAUUGUAUCUGUCAGACGAUGAUCAUUAUGAAGGCAAUCUGUCUGCGCUUCACGCCACUGUUUCUGCCUCGUUCAUUGUGCAACAAUUCGGUCUUCCUACAUUGGAACCCGGUAUACGUAACAGACCGGAGGUUUGGAAUAGGGACACUCCCGCCGCUCGGCUCAAGUCGUUACGAGCGCGGAUGGCUAAAUCAGCUCCGAUGAUUGCUCACUCUCCCGGGCAACUUAUCACCUAUCGUGAUCCCCUAUGGGGACGUUCAGCAGGGCCUAAAUAGCAAUGUUUCUCCGAGAUCACUUGUUAACAUGCAUUCCCCGGUCGAUCUACG